AUGGAGGAGGGCUCGGGCUGCUCCUUGCCCCGCCUGCCCUGGGUGUGGGCCCAGCGGACAUUUAUGCUUGCAUUGCUGGGCUUGGUGAUUUACUGUAUCUUCAACAACCAGCAUCGCGCACAACGGGAGGCCUCUGGGAUGUCUCUAAAAAAACGAAUCACAAGUGCCGCGGACUGCGAUGAGGGGUGGAUGGAGAAAAGGGGCCCCCUGACUAAGGGGACGCUGCAAACCUGCGUGCUCAAGUUCGUGUUCUUGUCUGGCCCUCGGCAGGAUCCCAGGCUGUCCUGGCAGGCAGGCCCAGCCCUGGGUCGCUCCUUCUUGCAUGGACUGGAGCUGGUGGACGGACAGCUACGUGUCCACCGUGAAGGCACCUACCGGCUGCAUAUCCAGGUGACGCUGACCAAUUGCUCCUCCACGUGGACCCCUAGGCCCCGCCGGGCCACCCUGGCCGUGGGCAUCUGCUCCCCGGCUGCUCGUGGCAUCAGCCUGCUGCGUCUCAGCUUCCAGUAUGCCUGCACCGUGACCUCCCAGCGCCUGACGCCCCUGGCCCGCGGGGAUACCCUCUGCACCAACCUCACCCUACCCCUGCUGCCUUCCCGGAAUGCCGACGAGACCUUCUUCGGCGUGCAGCAGGUGCACCCCUGA